UAGUGGGGUCGGGGCUUUACAACUUCUCGUCUGCAAGCUGCGAAUAUGUAAUUAGAGGCACAAGAACUGCACUUUUCGAGGUAUAAAAGGCAGUCCAGAUCGCAGUUCACUUUACAGUGUAUAUAAUGGACAGCAUGCAGCUCACCUACUUCUUACUGCUUGUAGUAACUUUCUUAGGAUGCCUUUUGGCGAGUCCUGUAAACGAGGAUCCUGCGGCUGCAGCAACUCUAGAUGAUGUGGCUGAUUUGGGUGGUCAGGAAGCAAUGGAGGGCGAUAGACCAGCUCGGUGGCUAGACGGAGGUUGGGGAAGUGGAUGGAAUGGAGGGUGGAACAGAGGGUGGAGUAUAUCCUACAGUCCCUGGAGAAGCAGCUACAGUAAUUAUUGGUGGUAGCAAAGUUCCAUAGCAGUAGCUUCUCAAAACUUGGUGCUAACUUUUGAAUGAAGUGAUGCAAAAUUAUAAUAAAGUUAUGUUAAAGUUCUUUGAAAGCUCUUGAGUUCCAAAUAAAGCGUAUUAAGUUAACAAGAAACCAAAGC